CAAUAGCGUUUAGCCUCGUUUGUCUUCAAGAAGAGGCCACUGGCUCCGUGGAGGGGAACAUUACAAGAAAACCGGAGGUUCGCGCCACGAGUCGCCGGGGAUCCACAGCGACCAGAGUCCUCGACCAUCAGGGUCUCACCCUAAGACCGAGGAGCCAUGUCAUCCACCAGAUUUAAAAAGGAUAAGGAGAUCAUCGCGGACUACGAGACCCAAGUGAAAGAGAUCCGUAACCAACUAGUGGAGCAGUUCAAGUGCUUGGAGCAGCACUCGGAGUCUCGUAUCCAGCUGCUGCAGGACCUGCAGGAAUUCUUCAGACGCAAAGCCGAGAUCGAACUGGAAUACUCCCGCAGCUUGGAGAAACUGGCCGAGAGGUUCUCCUCCAAGAUCCGCAGCUCCAGGGAACACCAGCAGUUUAAGAAAGACCAGCACCUGCUGUCCUCAGUAAACUGCUGGUAUCUGCUGCUGAACCAGACGAGACGUGAGAGUCGAGACCACGCCACGCUCAGCGACAUCUACACCAACAACGUUAUCGUCCGCUUGGCUCAGAUCAGUGAGGAUGUCAUCCGUCUGUUCAAGAAGAGCAAAGAGAUUGGGAUCCAGAUGCACGAGGAGCUGGUGAAGGUGACAAAUGAACUCUACACUAGGCAAGCCAAGUAUUCAGAAAAUAAGCUGAAAUGCACUAAAGCUCGAAAUGACUAUUUGCUGAACCUGGCAGCAACUAAUGCAGUGGUGGCGAAAUAUUACAUCCACGACGUCUCAGAUAUGAUCGAUUGCUGUGACCUGGGCUACCAUGCCAGCUUGGCUCGCACCUUUAGGACCUACUUGUCUGCAGAGUACAACCUGGAGACAUCUCGCCACGAGGGUCUGGAUGUUAUUGAAAAUGCAGUGGACAACCUGGACUCUCGCAGUGACAAGCACAAGAUCAUGGAUAUGCAUAACCAGGUGUUCUGUCCUCCGAUGCGCUUUGAAUACCUGCCGCACAUGGGAGACGAGGUGUGCCAGGUCAGCGCCCAGCAGCCGGUCCAGACUGAGCUUCUAAUGCGAUACCACCAACUGCAGUCUCGUUUAGCAACCCUGAAGAUUGAGAAUGAGGAGGUGAGAAAGACCCUGGAUGCCACCAUGCAAACACUGCAGGAUAUGCUGACAGUGGAGGACUUCGACGUGUCGGACGCCUUUCAACACAGCCGCUCUACUGAAUCCAUCAAGUCUGUGGCCUCGGAGUCGUACAUGAACAAGCUCAAUGUCGCCAAGAGGAGGGCGAACCAACAAGAGACAGAAACGUUCUACUUCUCUAAAUUCAAGGAGUACCUGAACGGCAGUAACCUCAUCAUAAAACUGCAGGCGAAGCACGACCUUUUGAAGCAGACGCUCGGUGAAGGGGAGAGAGCCGAGUGUGGAACGACAAGGCCCCCCACCCUUCCCCCCAAGCCACAGAAAACGCAGAAACCUAGGCCACGCUCCAUGUAUAACCAUAGGCUGUUUAAUGGCGACAUGGAGACCUUCAUCAAGGAUUCGGGUCAACCGAUUCCCAUCGUUGUGGAAAGUUGUAUCAGAUACAUCAAUCUUUAUGGGCUGCAGCAGCAGGGAAUAUUUCGUGUGCCAGGAUCGCAGGUGGAGGUCAACGAUAUCAAAAACUCGUUUGAGAGAGGUGAAGAUCCCCUGAUUGAUGACCAGAAUGAGCAUGAUAUUAACUCGGUAGCGGGCGUGCUGAAGCUCUACUUCAGAGGACUGGAAAACCCUCUUUUCCCAAAGGAGCGUUUCCUGGACUUCAUCGCUACCAUCAAGCUGGAAUCAGGGCCUGAGCGAGCGCAUCACAUCCAGCAGAUCAUCGUGACUCUUCCUCGGACUGUCAUAAUUGUUAUGAGAUACCUUUUUGCUUUUCUCAAUCAUCUUUCCCAGUACAGCGAUGAGAACAUGAUGGAUCCCUACAAUUUAGCCAUCUGCUUCGGCCCGACUCUGAUGCCCAUCCCGGACGGCCAGGAUCCUGUGGUGUGUCAGGCGCACGUUAACGAAGUCAUUAAGACCAUCAUUAUCCACCACGAGGUCAUUUUUCCUAAUCAGCGAGAGCUGGACGGACCGGUGUAUGAGAAGUGCAUGACCGGUGGGGAAGAGUACUGCGACAGCCCUCACAGUGAACCUGGAACCAUCGAUGAAGCUGAUAAUGGAACAGAGCCACACACCAGUGAUGAAGAAGUGGAGCAGAUCGAGGCCAUCGCUAAGUUUGACUACGUUGGUCGAACUCCCAGGGAGUUGUCCUUCAAGAAGGGAGCCUCUCUGCUUCUGUACCACAGAGCGUCUGAAGACUGGUGGGAGGGCCGACAUAACGGAGUCGAUGGCCUCAUCCCACAUCAGUAUAUUGUAGUACAAGACCUGGAUGAUGCGUUCUCAGAUAACCUCAGCCAGAAAGCGGACAGCGAAGCGAGCAGUGGACCGCUGCUCGAAGAAAAAAGCUCCUCCAAGAAUGACCUUCCAUCACCAUGCGAGCAGUCACCAGAUUACUUCGGAGGAGUCAUGGGAAGGGUUAGGUUACGAUCGGAUGGAGCUGCCAUCCCGCGCCGUCGGAGCGGCGCCGAAACCCACAGUCCAACCAGGGUGGCCGACACCCCGCCGCGGGCGGCUGCCUGUCCGAGCAGUCCUCACAAGAUGUCCAUCAGCAAGGGCCGCAUGGAAAGCCCUGAAAAAAGGAGGCUUGGUACUUUUGGUAGUGCGGGCAGCAUUAACUACCCAGACAGGAAGAUGUACCCUGAGGGCCACCCACUGAGACCAGUAACAGGGGCCACACGCCACAGCAGCCUUGGGGACCACAAAACACUGGAGACUGAAGCUUUAGCUGAGGAUAUAGAGAAGACUAUGACGACUGCUCUCCAUGAGCUGCGUGAGCUGGAGCGACAAAACACCGUCAAACAGGCUCCCGACGUGGUUCUGGACACUCUGGAGCCGAUGAAGAACCCCAUUACCUCGGAGCCCGGCAGUCCUCUUCACACCAUCGUGAUCCGUGACCCGGAUGCAGCGAUGCGCCGCAGCAGCAGCUCCACCUCAGAGAUGAUGACCACCUUCAAACCUGCUCUCUCUGCACGGAUGGUGGGGGCUCAGCUGCGCCCCCCUUCCAUGAGGCCGCUGCGCCCCUCUCCCACGCAGCACCGCUCGAGCAGCUCCAGCUCGUCGGGGGUCGGCAGCCCCGCUGUAACUCCCACUGAAAAGAUGUUUCCGGGUAACAACGCGGCUUCGGGCUCUAACUUGAACAUUUCUGGUGAUGGCGGGGAGACGUCUGGGAGCAUGUAGCCACGAGAAGGCUCUGAUGUUCUGAUGAAGACAAGCAGCUGAACAGGUUC